UCCCCUCUCUUUCUCUACCCUUCUUUAAAAAAUCUAACGGCUUUAAUUUGAAUUUCUCUCUCUCUCAAUAAACGCGCACUUCCUGUCCCAUUAUUUAUUACGGAACAAACACAUAGACACCCAUCUCGGAUUUACAUGAUUCUUCUUCUUGAUUAGGCGGCCAUUUCCCACCGUCUUCCUCUCCGGUGGUGGCGUUAGGGUGUCUGCAGUCUUCGUCUCUUCAAUUAAUGAAGUUUUGAUCUUUGAUUUAAGGUAGCUGGCACUCCCCUUUUCUGUUUAGGCACAUUGUUCUGAUCUAUGUAUCUGUUACUAGAAAGGAGGGGUCUUGUUUUGAACUUGUUUGAUUUAGGAUUUAUGAGUGUUUGUGUGUUAUGUAAUGAAAGGAGGUGUCUUUCUUGUUUAGAGAAACGUAAAUUAUUGGGGUUUUAUUUUUGCCCGAAUGUGUGAUCAGGAUUAUUUCCUUCAUUACAUACUCUUCCAUUUUAUUGUUUUGCCUUGUAUGAAUUCAUGACAGUCUGUAACUUUGCUCUGUUGGUUAAGUUAUUCACCUCCAUCAGAAACCUUGAAGAACAAAAACCAGAAGAUCCAGUGAGAAACAGGAUUUGGAUGACUAGCCAGACCAACAUGGCUUCAGGGAAUCCCUUUUUUGAUGACGUGCGGAUCAAACCUGAGGUUAUUGAUCCUCCUCAAAACGAAGACAUGAUGGAUACUGAAACUCUGAAUGAUCCUACUCAAACAGCUAUAAAGCCUAAUUUGACCGUAUCAAGCAGUGUUCGUGAACUGUUGGAGUGCCCUGUGUGCUUAAAUGCAAUGUACCCUCCUAUUCAUCAGUGUUCAAAUGGCCAUACAUUAUGUUCUGGUUGCAAGCCCAAGGUGCACAACCGGUGCCCAACUUGCAGGCAUGAACUUGGUAACAUUAGGUGUCUUGCAUUAGAGAAGGUGGCUGCAUCCUUGGAGCUUCCAUGUAAAUAUCAGAGUUUUGGGUGCAUUGGCAUAUAUCCAUACUACAGCAAGCUCAAACACGAAUCCCAAUGCUCAUAUAGGCCAUAUAACUGUCCUUAUGCUGGAUCUGAGUGCACUGUCAUUGGUGAUAUUCCAUAUCUUGUGGCACAUCUUAAAGAUGAUCACAAAGUUGACAUGCAUAAUGGCUGUACUUUCAACCAUCGUUAUGUCAAAUCAAAUCCACAUGAGGUUGAGAAUGCUACGUGGAUGCUAACGGUCUUCAGUUGCUUUGGCCAGUAUUUCUGCCUGCACUUUGAAGCAUUCCAGCUAGGAGUGGCUCCUGUGUACAUAGCAUUCUUGCGGUUUAUGGGUGAUGACAAUGAGGCAAAGAACUACAGCUAUAGUCUUGAAGUGGGUGGAAAUGGGAGGAAGCUGACUUGGCAAGGGGUGCCAAGGAGCAUAAGGGACAGUCAUCGCAAAGUUCGUGACAGUUUUGAUGGUCUCAUAAUCCAACGCAGUAUGGCGCUGUUCUUCUCAGGUGGAGACAGGAAGGAAUUGAAGCUCCGAGUGACUGGAAGGAUUUGGAAAGAACAGUGAUGGGACCUAUCUGUUCAUGGUUCAUGACAUUUCAUUUCGUUCUACUUCAGUGUCCUAGCAAGUUUACUCUUCGUAGUUUUGCAAGUCUUGUGGUCAUGUAUUUUCAGGAUUGCAGGAGGCAAACUCUCUUUGCUCAUCCUUGCAUCAAAUGCAUGAACGGCAAGACUUAACUAUUAUGUCGAUAUGAGUUUACUGUCAUCUAUAGUCAUUAAUUAAAUUAAACUCUAUUAUGAUCAUUUAGGAUAUUUUUUUUCUUCGUUUCGUUGGUUCCAUUGUUGGAUGUCUAUUG